AUGGCAACCCCGGCGGCCGUCAACCCUCCGGAAAUGGCUUCAGACAUCCCUGGCUCAGUGACGUUGCCCGUCGCCCCCAUGGCGGCCACUGGACAGGUGAGGAUGGCGGGGGCCAUGCCCGCCCGAGGAGGAAAGCGGCGAUCCGGAAUGGACUUUGAUGAUGAAGAUGGCGAAGGUCCCAGCAAGUUUUCAAGAGAGAACCACAGUGAGAUCGAGAGGCGGCGGCGGAACAAGAUGACUCAGUACAUCACCGAGCUCUCGGACAUGGUCCCCACGUGCAGCGCGCUGGCCCGGAAGCCCGACAAGCUCACCAUCCUGCGCAUGGCCGUCUCUCACAUGAAGUCCAUGCGGGGCACCGGGAACAAGUCCACGGACGGCGCCUACAAGCCUUCGUUCCUGACAGAGCAGGAACUGAAGCAUCUCAUCCUCGAAGCAGCUGAUGGGUUUCUGUUUGUAGUGGCAGCUGAGACGGGCAGAGUGAUUUACGUGUCCGACUCUGUCACCCCUGUGCUGAAUCAACCGCAGUCAGAGUGGUUUGGGAGCACCCUCUAUGAGCAGGUACAUCCUGACGAUGUGGAGAAGCUGAGAGAGCAGCUGUGCACCUCAGAAAACUCAAUGACAGGCCGGAUCUUGGACCUGAAGACCGGGACAGUCAAGAAAGAAGGGCAGCAGUCAUCCAUGAGGAUGUGCAUGGGUUCCCGGAGGUCCUUCAUCUGCAGGAUGAGGUGUGGAAAUGCUCCUUUGGACCAUCUUCCUCUAAACAGACUAACCACCAUGAGGAAGAGGUUCAGGAAUGGCCUUGGCCCUGUGAAGGAAGGAGAAGCCCAGUAUGCUGUGGUCCACUGCACAGGCUACAUCAAGGCUUGGCCACCAGCAGGAAUGACUAUACCUGAAGAAGAUGCCGAUGUGGGACAAGGCAGUAAAUACUGCCUGGUGGCAAUUGGAAGACUCCAGGUGACCAGCUCUCCUGUGUGCAUGGACAUGAGUGGGAUGUCGGUGCCCACAGAAUUCUUAUCUCGGCAUAACUCUGAUGGGAUCAUCACGUUUGUGGACCCAAGAUGCAUCAGCGUGAUUGGCUACCAGCCUCAGGAUCUUCUAGGAAAGGACAUUUUGGAGUUCUGCCACUCCGAGGAUCAAAGCCAUCUUCGGGAGAGUUUCCAGCAGGUGGUGAAGCUGAAAGGCCAAGUGCUCUCGGUCAUGUAUCGGUUCCGCACCAAGAACCGCGAGUGGGUGUUGAUCCGCACCAGCAGCUUCACCUUCCAGAACCCGUAUUCCGACGAGAUCGAGUACAUCAUCUGCACCAACACCAACGUCAAGCAGCUCCAGCAGCAGCAGGCAGAGCUGGAAGUGCACCAGAGAGACGGGCUGUCAUCGUACGACUUGUCGCAGGUGCCUGUCCCCAACCUACCAGCCGGGGUUCAUGAUGCAGGGAAGUCUGUGGAAAAGGCAGAUGCAAUCUUUUCCCAGGAAAGAGACCCACGGUUUGCCGAAAUGUUUGCAGGAAUCAGUGCGUCGGAGAAGAAGAUGAUGAGCUCAGCUUCUGCGGCAGGAACACAGCAGAUCUACUCCCAAGGAAGCCCGUUCCCUGCUGGACACUCGGGAAAGGCCUUCAGCUCUGCCGUGGUGCACGUGCCUGGAGUGAAUGACAUCCAGUCCUCAUCCUCAACAAGUCAGAACAUAUCCCAGAUCUCCAGGCAGCUCAACCAGAGUCAGGUGGCCUGGACAGGAAGCCGGCCGCCCUUUCCAGGACAGCAAAUCCCCUCACAGUCCAGCAAGACUCAGUCUUCUCCCUUUGGGAUCGGAACGAGCCACACAUAUCCCGCAGACCCCUCGUCCUACAGCCCUCUCUCCAGUCCGGCUACCUCCUCGCCCAGCGGGAACGCCUACUCCAGCCUGGCCAACAGGACUCCAGGCUUCGCUGAGAGCGGACAAAGUAGCGGGCAGUUCCAAGGGCGGCCCUCGGAAGUUUGGUCGCAGUGGCAAAGCCAGCACCACGGACAGCAGAGCGGUGAGCCGCACUCCCACCAGCAGCCCGGUCAGACUGAAGUGUUCCAGGACAUGCUGCCCAUGCCCGGAGAUCCAACCCAGGGGACCGGCAACUAUAACAUUGAAGAUUUUGCCGACCUGGGCAUGUUCCCGCCAUUUUCGGAGUAG